AUGGUUCAAAGAGUGGCAGUAAUUGGUGCUGGGAUUUCUGGUCUGACUAGUAUUAAGUCCUGUCUGGAUGAAGGUCUGGAGCCCACCUGCUUUGAGAGCAGUCAUGACAUUGGGGGUCUGUGGAGAUUUAAGGAGGAACCAGAGCCUGGGCGAGCCAACAUCUAUUUCUCAGUGAUCCUCAACAGUUCCAAAGAGAGGAUGGCCUUCAGUGACUUCCCCCCUCCAGCUGAGCUUCCUAAUAACAUGCACCACUCUGAGGUCCUGCAGUAUCUUCGGCUCUACGCUCAGGCCUUCAAUCUGCUACAGCACAUAUACUUUCAGACCACUGUGACUGCUGUGAGUAAAGGCCCAGAUCCAGCUGUGGAAGGCCAGUGGGUGGUGGAGACAGAGGGGAGAGAUGGGCAAAGGCAGACUCAUGUGUUUGAUGCAGUGAUGGUUUGUACUGGACACUUCACCAAACCACACCUGCCACUGCAAGACUUCCCAGGUAUUGAGACUUUUGAAGGCAGGUAUUUCCACACCUGGGAAUACUGCAAUGCUGAGGGUCUGCAGAGGAAAAGAGUGGUGGUGAUUGGUGUUGGGGGUUCUGGGGGGGAUAUUGCUGUGGAUAUAAGCAGAGUGGCUGAGAAGGUAUACCUUAGCAGCAGGAGUGGAGCGUGGGUCGUCAGCCGUGUAGGACAAGGGGGGAUCCCAGUGGACAUGUUAGGAAAUUCCCGAAUGGAUAUGAUGCUGCAGAAGUUCUUUCCCUCAUGGAGUGUCAGAACAGCAGAGAAGAAACUGAAUGAUGUUUUUGAUCAUAGACUAUACGGCCUGAAGCCAGACCACAGUAUUUUUGCGCAGAAUGCUGUUGUGAGUGAUGAGCUCCCAGGUCGAAUAAUCUCAGGUCGCGUUCAGGUCAAACCAAAUGUCAAAGAGAUCUGUGGUUCCAGUGUCAUCUUUGUCGAUGGCAGCAUCAUAGACAAGGUGGAUGUAGUGGUGUUUGCCACAGGGUACAACUACAGCUUCCCCUUCUUGCCCCCAGCAUUGCAGUCUAAAUCUGGGUACAGGCUGCGUCUAUACAAGCAUGUGUUUCCUCCUGGAUUGACUCGGCCCACGCUGGCUGUGGUGGGCUUUGUUCACGGUCUCGGAUCUCUCACCCCACUGGCUGAGAUGCAGGCCCGCUGGGCUACAAGAGUGUUUAAAGGAUUAACAUCAUUACCCUCAGAGAAAAACAUGAUGGAAGAAAUUGAAAAGGACACAGAAUUAAUGCAUCAGAGGUUUGUCCUCUCUGAGCGCAACCCCAUCCAAGUGGACUAUAUUCCUUACCUGGACUCUCUGGCAGACCUGGUGGGGGUUCGACCAAACUUACCAUGGCUUUUUCUGAAAGACCCCAGACUGGCUCUGCAGGUUUUCAUGGGUCCCUGCACUGCUUAUCAGUACCGUCUGACUGGACCGGGCCAGUGGGCUGGAGCCCGUCAGGCCAUAUUGACCCAGUGGGAGCGAGUGCUUCAGCCUUUCAGAACCAGAGUGAUACCAGAACCAGAAAAUAGACUGACAUCUAAACUAAGGAUCAUGUUAGUUUUCUCAGGUACUUCCCUGCUGUGUCUCAUCCUUUGCAAGAAAAAGUGUCUCUGCUCUGUUUUUUCCUUUCUCUUAGUCCCUAAAUAAUGUCAAAAGGAUCACAGAGGCUGCAGCGAAGCAGAACACCAGAGUGGUACCAGAACCAGUUUCUGCCAGGUUCAACCAUAUUCAGAGACUUUAGAUUGUUCAUGUGCAUAAUGUACCCAAACAUGGAAAUAGUUGCUAAAAAAUGACUGUAAAAAUGCAAAUGUACUUUGACUGAAUUUUGCAGUAACAACCACAGUGUUGAGCUGCAGUUGGC